CUGACACUGAGAGGAGAAAUGGCGCAGAAAGGAGUUCAGCUGGACCGAGAAACCUUCUCUUGUUCGAUCUGUUUGGAUCUACUGAAGGAUCCGGUGACUAUUCCCUGUGGACACAGCUACUGCAUGAACUGUAUUAAAAGCUUCUGGGAUGAAGAGGAAAACAAGAAAACCUACAGCUGCCCUCAGUGCAGACAGACGUUCACACCUGACAGACCUGUUCUGGAAAAAAACACCAUGUUAUCAGUUUUAGUGGAGAAAUUCAAGAAGACUGGACUCCAAGCUGCUCCUGCUGAUCACUGCUAUGUUGGACCUGAAGAUGUGGCCUGUGAUGUCUGCACUGGAAGAAAAAUGAAAGCAGUGAAGUUCUGUUUGGUCUGUCUGGUGUCUUACUGUGAGAAACACCUUCAGCCUCAUUUUAGGUCUCCUGCCUUUGGAAAACACAAGCUGGUGGAGCCCUCCAAGAAGCUCCAGGAGAACAUCUGCUCUCAACACGAUCAGAUGAUGAAGAUGUUCUGCCGUACUGAUCAGCAGAGUAUCUGUUAUCUCUGCUCUGUGGAUGAACAUAAAGGCCACGACACAGUCUCAGCUGCAGCAGAAAGGACUGAGAGGCAGAGAGAGCUGGAGGUGAGUCGACAAAACAUCCAGCAGAGAAUCCAGGACAGAAAUAAAUUAUUACAAAAUAUAGAUCCGGUGACUAUUCCCUGUGGACACAGCUACUGCAUGAACUGUAUUAAAAGCUUCUGGGAUGAAGAGGAAAAGAAGAAAAUCUACAGCUGCCCUCAGUGCAGACAGACUUUCACAGCGAGGCCUGUCCUGGUGAAAAACACCAUGUUAGCAAUUCUAGUUGAGCAGCUGAAGAAGACUGGACUCCAAGCUGCUCCUGCUGAUCACUGCUAUGCUGGACCUGAAGAUGUGGCCUAUUGUUUGAAAACUAGUUAUACAUUUUGGUACAACAACAUCCAAACUCCUGUCUCAGGUCCUCGUUCCUCCAGAGUAGGAGUGUACCUGGAUCACAGAGCAGGUAUUUUGUCCUUCUACAGCGUCUCUGAAACCAUGACUCUCCUCCACAGAGUCCAGACCACAUUCACUCAGCCGCUCUACGUUGGGCUUAGACUUUACUCUGUUGGAACAAGUUCUGAGUUCAUUAAACUGAAAUAG